GUUCGCGAUUCAAACUCUUAAAGAACGAAUGUGUUCGAAAUUUGAAAAAAAAUACGACAAAAAUUUUUUUUUUAAAUAGAAUUUUUUCAUAGACAAUUUAUAAAUAAAAAAAAAAUUUACGCGCGUUUAGUUCGCGAUGAAUUAUAAUUUAUUUUUUAAAAAAUAAUUGUGCAGUGAAUAAUAAAUAGUGAAUAAUAAAUAAUAAAUAAUGACGAGUGCAUUGACCUUACUGCAAGGCUUAGGCCAAAAGGUCAGCAGGAGGGAACCAAAACAGACAGAAUGUAGGACUCUACAGAUGAAUAUGCCACAACCUGUAAACGUAAAUAUAGAGUUUACAGAUAUAAACAUGGAAGUGACUACGGGUUUGCUGAAGAAGAACAAAAAAACGAUACUGCGAAACGUGUCGGGCGUGUUUAAGUCCGGGCAGUUGACUGCUAUCAUGGGUCCCUCAGGGGCGGGGAAGACGUCACUGCUCAACGCGCUCACGAUGUUCUCGGUAGGGGACGUUAACGGUGUCAUACGCGCUGGGGACUUGGUCUGCGAGUUGGGGAAGAACAAUCACUGCCAGAAGGAGUACCGCAAGCAGACCAGCUACAUCCUACAAGACGACCGGCUCAACCCGCUCUUCACAGUCGCUGAGCUGAUGCAGUUUGCUGCAGACCUGAAGCUUGGGAACACAUUGACGGCCAAGUUAAAGAACACUGUUAUAAGCGAAGUGUUGGAAAAGUUAGGUUUGACCGGCACAGAGAAUACAAGAUGCUGCAAUCUGUCCGGAGGUCAGAGGAAGAGGGUCUCCAUUGCUGUGGAACUCAUAGACAACCCGCCGGUGCUGUUCCUGGAUGAACCUACCACAGGCUUAGACAGCAUGACGACAGCGCAGUGUAUGGAUAUGCUGAAGAAUUUGGCGCGCGCUGGUCGAACCGUCAUCUGCACCAUACAUCAACCAUCAGCCUCUGUCUAUAAACUCUUUGAUCAGGUAUACAUUCUGGCUGAAGGACUGUGUAUAUACAACGGCUCGAGUGCUAACACGGUACCCUACCUCGCGUCUGUAGGCCUACAAUGUCCCAUGUACCACAACCCAGCGGAUUAUGUAUUAGAAAUAGCCAAUGGUGAAUAUGGAAAUUUUAAUGAGUUGCUAGCAGCUAAAUGCAGUCGUGACAACUCUGUCGAGAAGCCGUCUUUGCCGUUGAUUGCAGAGGAACCUAAGUUCUCUUGUGGAAAGAUGGUCCUCGUCGUCAAUAAACCGCACGAAUUGUAUAAGUUUACUGUAUUAUUGCGACGGUGUUUCAUUCAGCAGUAUAGAGAUUGGACGGUGACGCAUCUUAAAGUAUUACUGCACCUUGUGAUCGGCAUCCUCCUCGGGCUGCUGUUCCAACGUGCUGGUGCUGACGCCUCAAAGACAUUCAGCAACCUCAGCUACCUCAUUGUAUCUGCCGCCUACCUCACCUACACCUCCCUCAUGCCCGGUGUACUUAAAUUUCCAGACGAGUUACCAGUGCUAAAAAAAGAAAAUUUUAACAACUGGUACAAUCUGAAAACUUACUACGCUGCGAUUCUCAUUACCAGUAUACCCAUACAGAUCUCAUUUAGUAUAGUAUAUUCAACUCCAUCUUACAUGCUAACGGGCCAGCCGAUGGAGAUCACUCGAUUCGCUAUGUUUGUGCUUGUUUUGGCAAACGUUACUCUCCUUGCUGAUGCUAUAGGAAACCUCAUUGGCUCCUGCGUUAGUACUGUUAAUGGUACAUUCUUCGGAGCAAUCACAACAUGCACAAUGCUGGUGUUCGCUGGAUUCCUCGUCCUACCGGCGCAUAUGAACCCCGUGAUGCGAAUAAUCUCCUACAUCUCGUACCUCAAAUACGCGUUUGAAGCCCUUGCGUUGGCCAUCUAUUCUUACAACCGACCCCCACUUGUGUGCCCCGAUGAAACCUUAUACUGUCAUCUAAGGAUGAAACUGCUAAUAUUUGCUUUGUUACACACAAUAUUACACACAUCGGUAAAUCCGAGCAGUACGACGUAUUAUCAACUAUUGGGUGUAUCCAAAAGUGCCUCCACCCAAGAAAUACGUCAGGCAUACAAGAAAUUGGCUGUAAAACUACAUCCUGAUAAAAAUCCAAAUUCAGAAGAACAGAAGAGGUUUAUAGAAAUCAAUGAAGCGUAUGAUAUUCUCAAAGAUCCAGAAAAGCGGCACAAAUAUGAUCUAUACGGCUCACAACAAUCCUACACUAGGAAAUAUGACUACCAAUCACAAACAGAGUACAACAACUUGUACUAUAAUGGGCUCUAUCAUGGUGAUCCGUUUGUUGAGACUUUGUCCGGUGGUAGUUUUUAUUCAUUUUUGAGCGAAGGAUUAUACUUUGUAAACUUCUAUUCUCCAUUUUGUCCACCUUGCCAGAGUUUGGCGGAUGACUGGAAAAAAUUUGCUGAAACAUACGAUGGAAUUGUCAAAGUUGGUGCGGUCAACUGCAAAUAUUACAAUUCAUUUUGCUACAAUAAUAUGAGGAUUGGUAGCUAUCCAACUUUAUUAUUCUAUCCAAAUGGUAGAAAUGGCAACUACAUUUACUACAGUGGUGCACACACAUUCGAGGCUUUGGAAGACUUUGUGAUGAAAUUCAUUAGAGGCAGAGUCCACAUACCAAGAGUGACCCAAGUUUUGAGGAACACGGAGAAACCUGUCGUUUAUAUUAUAGAUGAAGAAAGUUUAGAUGAGAACACUAUAACACGGAUAGCUUACCAUCUUAACUAUUUAGCGACAGUGGUAAAGGCGAAGAAUGUUCGAGAUCAGCUCACAGAUAAUCCAGAAUCCACAAUAGUGCUGAAACAUAGAGAUAUACAGGAGGAUCUCCAGAGCAUCGACGUGACGAAUAUAUUGAAAGACAUCGUUGACUUGUUGCCCAAUGUACCGAGAAUCAGCUUGGAAAACUUAAAGACAAUAAGAGAUGAUCUGCGAAAGGGUGUCGACAAACCGUGGGUUCUUUUCUUUUCGAAAAAAGGCGUAGACAAGCUUUUGCUUCAUCAAUUGGUGUCGACUUUAAACGACCUGAAUUUCGGUGAGGUCGACUGUGACCUGGACGAGACGCUCUGUUCGUCGCUGCAAGUGGACGAAGCGCCCACGUGGGCGGUGCUCAAGAUGGGCGGAGCUUACCAGCGCUUCUUCACCGCGCCCACGAGGCAGAAGCUCAAGCAGGCCGCCAAAGCGAACGCCUUGCAUACACUGUCCGCUUCGGAUCUACAGAAGAUAUUGAAUGGAGAGAUGUCGGCAUGGGUGCUGCUAGUUGCGCCGUAUGACGUCCAGUGGCUCCACUUGCUCGAACCGUUCACUGGACUUUGCUUAGAUCUGGCGGACUCUGGCAUCAGUUUUGGUAUAAUGUCGUGUACCCUCGACACGGAUCAGUACUGUCGUCUGGUGGCUCGCAACCAGCCGAUGGUUUUGUUACAAAAUGGAACACAAAGAUAUACAUACAACGGACAGGCGAAAAAAGAUCAGAUGCUGGAGUUUGUGCAACUCAUUAGGGAAAGUGCUGAUCUGGAGAUAACUGAAGAGCAGGCGUUGGAAAUAAUGGACGUGUCGAACCGCGAACAUGUGUGGCUCUUAGCCUAUCUGCCGGCCGCCUGCGGGCGAAUCUGCGACGAGCUGAAGCAGGAGUUUAGGAUCGUCACCAAGAGGCUCCGCCCGCUGGACUCGCUCCGCGUCGGUAUGUUGGUCUGUACGAAGGGCGCCGCUGGGUUCUGCAGCAACAUACGCCGGCCCACCGCGCGGCUGUAUCUGGUCGGCUCCAAACAGUUUUACACUAUGAAUCUAGAGCAAAUGCAAGCCCCAUACAUAAUGGAGUGGGCUCUGGACCUGGUGGAUGACGUCACGAAACUGAACUGGCAUUCCUUUUCAAAGACUGUCAUAGCUGAAGAGUUGAAUCCUAGCAGGGACAAGAAACCAUGGUUGGUCUAUUUCCAUUCCCCAAGAUGUUACCAUUGCUUCGAAAGGUAUCCGGACUUCUCUAUCUUGGCUAUUCAUCUAAGAAAAAGCAUAAACUUCGGUAAAGUGAACUGCGUGGCCGACCGCAGCCUCUGCCAGCACGAGCACGUCACCAGCUACCCAUCGCUCAGGCUGUACCUCCACAGGAACCACCAGCACCCCACCAGCAGGGUGGUAGCGCUACAACCCAAGGACCACGCAGCGCUACUACAGGACAUAAGGCCACAUCUGGCGAGGUAUGACAACAGUUUGGGCGACAUCAAAAACAUUGAAAUCAAAAGUCAUGUGCGUUUUAAAGAUGAGUUAUAGAAAUUUAAAUUUAAAUUUAAAAAUAUAUGACACCAUCGCAACUAACUAUGAAUUGGGAAUUUAAACAACGAUUGUAUACUAUUAGAUAUGUUACGUGCCUACAAAAUGACGGUUAAAAAUUAUCCAAAUUUAGCUACUACCACUGAGCGCACACAUGUAUGAUAUAUAAUUUAUGACUCAUAUAAAAUUUAUUAUUAAUUUUAGACGAAAUUAAUAAUAAAUUUUAUAUGAGUCAUAAAUGUAAUAAAUACAUGUAAUAAAGGUCCGAAAUAUACCGAUAUCAAUUAAUAAAAGUUAGAAAAUGGAUAAUUUAAUUUAAAAAUCAUGUAUAUAAUCAACUAGCUGACGCCGCGCGGUUUCACCCGCGUGGUUCCCGUCCCCGUAGGAAUACCGGGAUAAUAUAUAGCCUUCCUCGAUAAAUGGGCUAUCUAACACUGAAAGAAUUUUUCAAAUCGGACCAGUAGCUUCCGAGAUAAGCGCGUUCAAUCAAACAAACUCUUCAGCUUUAUAAUAUUAGUAUAGAUUUUUCGAAACAUCAAAAACGCUGUCGUCCAUUUUGUGACGUCACAACGUUAGUUUAUGUCACUAAGUAAUAAACGUCAAACGUAUUGUAGACAAUGUUUAGGUAUUAUUUGUUUAAAUAACUUCCAUUGUUUACUAUUCGACUAAAUGAAAUUAAGACAAUUAGCCACCUUUGAUCGCCUCAGUUACGACUCACUAACAUAUCUAAUAGUAUACAAUCUUUGAAUUUAAACCAUACAGAUAAUCUACUCAUACACAUGCAAAUAAUUAUACUACAGCCUUUCUUGAUGAGUACUGUUUACCAACAAACAAAUUAAAAAUGAGGGUAUUAAGCACUAGUCAUUUCACACCUAAUAAUUAUUAUAACUAACUUGUUCUUAAAUUAAUGAUAAUAAAUUUGAUUAAUAAGCUUAGAACAAUUAGAUAUGAUUAAUAUAUUUUAUAUAACAUUUUGUAAACAAACCAUACAUGAAUUAAAAUAAAAAAGUCAUAAAAUCACAUGUUUUCUACCUUCAUUUCUAAUUUUUUUGUUGGUAAACAAUACUCACCAAGAAAGGCUGUUUAGUGUGGCGCGUUCAAACUCUACAUCCACUCCUAUGUGAGAGGCCUGGUUCUACUAUGAGCGAGGCCUGGCCCUGUGGCGGGCCGUCCCUUAUACGAGGGAGGCCUGGCCCUGUGGCGGGCCGUCCCUUAUACGAGGGAGGCCUGGCCCUGUGGCAGGUCGUCCCUCCUAAGGGAGGCCUGACCCUGUGAUGGGUCGUCCCUCCUAAGGGUGGCCUGGCCCUGUGGCAGGUCGUCCCUUAUACGAGGGAGGCCUGGCCCUGUGGUGGGCCGUCCCUUAUACGAGGGAGGCCUGGCCUCAUUUUAAAAAAUAAACAAUAAACCAAGUCUUGAGAUUAUCCCACACAAACAAACACAUCACAUUAACAUAUUGAUUUAAUGUAUAGAAAAGGCUCAUUUCCGGAGCCAUUUAAGUUUGUGCAUAUUGCUUCUAAUUAAUAUUAUGAUUAAUUCUUAUGAUAAAAUGUAAUACAGUCAGCGCGUUAUCAACUGAGUCGUGGGCCAUAAUUAAAUUUAUUUACUCCUAGCUUACCCCGCCCGCUAGUCCGUUAUUUGUAGCCAACUCAAUUAAUAACGCGACAAGUUUUCAUUUUUAAUUAAAAUAAUUAGUAUAUUUAAAAUCAAACCUCGCAUAUUAAUUUUAACCGAUUAUUAUUAGGUAACACUUUUUUAAGUCCAAUCUCAAUGUAACAUGUUUCGAACUUACUUACAUCAACUUCCCAAAGCCACCAAGGUCCAAUCUUAAAGUGUAGACCUUGCUAAGUAUGCUGUACUUACAGCUCGUGCAAAUUUACUUGACACCUGGCUCGAGUGAUGUUUGUUUGGUUGUGUUCGGUAGCCAAGUGUCAAGUUAAUGCGCACGAGUUAACCUAUGGUAUGGCAAAAGAGCUGGCAAAUUUUCAGAAUUUACAUAAUAAUGAAGGGCUGGCUCUUAGACGUUGUAAGGGCGAUACCUCAUUAGUGCGUUGCGUUGAAUCGUCGCAACGGGUCAACACAUUGUGUGCCACAACUGCUUGCGUUGACGCAAGAUGUCGCAGCGCAACAGGACGACGCAUGCACCCAGACUCAAAUAUUCUUACAAAACAAAUGACAAUGAGCAAUGUCCGUUGUCCGUUGAAACGUCACUUGCGACGACAUAUCGCUUUAAUGUGGCAUGUCAUAGAAAGUCGUGUUAGUUAUAACUCAAGAACCGCUGGACCGAUAUGGCUGAUGAAAUUAGUGGAGAGGUAGCUUAGAACCAGGAGACGGACAUAGGAUAUUUAGGGUACAGGGUAGGGUAGGUAUACGGUUGAGUAGGGGUAUGGUAGGGUAGAUGUAGGGAGGGAGUAGGGUAGGGUAGUCGUGGGCGUUAAAAUAUAUAGAAAACGACGCAACGUCGAUACUGCGACAUCGCAACGGAAAGCAAUGGGGCAUCGCUCUAAUAGAGACGCUACGCUUCGCUUCGCCAGAAAUGCCCUAAUGGGGCGUUCAUACUCGAAAUAUUUUGUGACCCAUGGUAAAAUUAAAAAAACCAUGUAUUUACACUGAUAAAAUCUACCCGUAAUUUAAUAGUUCAAAUCAAAAACAGAUCUGAAAGUCAUUCCUAUAAGUUUCUUAUGUUAGUUACACACAAUAAUUUAAGCAUAAAAUACUUUUUUUUUUAUAAAUUUAGGUAGUUUUCUAUUGACAUAAUGUGAUAAUUUCAGUCUGCAUUUGUAGUAAUAAGAAAUAGCGAGAAAUUAUACAAAUUACUUUUAAAAAAUAAAAACUGAUUUUGCAGUUGAUAUCCACUACGAUUUUAAUAUCAUUAUUGAAUUUUUUUUAAAUAUUUCAGUUUGUUAAGUAAAACCAACUGAAUUUUUUCCAAUUUAUUUGAUUAUUAUUACAUAAUUAACUAAUAUAAUAACACUAAUGUAUAAUAGGCAUCUUGACAUACAACAUCUGAAACAAAAUAAAGAUUUAUUUAAUAUCA